GCGGACUCCGCAGCUCUGCCUCGAUUUCCUUUUCCUACAUCCCUGCUCUGAAGAAAGCCUCAGUACAAUGGCGCCCAAGUCAGCUCUUCUGUUGUUGCCUUUCGUAUUUAACUUGGUCCACGGCCAGAGUCGCUGUGUCAGCCCCCUCUUUACAGAAGAGCCUGACAUCAAAGACGUUGUUACCAACCCAUCCUGCCCAGGCGAUUAUGGAAAGCUUGUCCAAGCCGAUGAUGGAGGCUUCUUCCGCUUACAAUGCUGCACGCACCAACCGAGCGGCAUCUCCAGCGUUGGAAGUGCAAGCAACGUUGCCUCUUAUAACGAAUGCUUGAGUCUCUGCCUAAGCGACGCAUACCCACUUUGCGAUAGUGUCACGUAUGACAUCCAUAAAAAUUGUGGGAUGUACCAAAAUGGAGGAUUCUCCACCGUUCCAUGUGGUAAUACUGAGCAUGACUGGCUCUACUACAUUGAUCCCCCCCCUCAACCGGCUCCCAAUGACCAGACCGUCUUGUGUUCGACCGAGUGUCCUACGGCACAUGGGCAAAAAUAUGUCUCUGAAUUUGGCGAGCUCUUCCAUAUGGAGUGUGGCAAACGACACGGCACUGUUUCCUUCCGUGAAGACACCCAACCUACUUACCGGGAUUGUAUUGACAGCUGUGCUACCAUCCCCAAGUGUGCCAGCGUGGAUUACUCGAACCGCACAAACACCUGCUACUAUGGUACUCAUUCUGGAGCUCCCCCGGUGAUUGCGCCGGGUUAUUACAGCGCAUACUCGCUCGGAUGCGCAGGGGCCUGUGACAAGGACGACGAUGGCUGCUGCUGUGGGCAGAAAAAAUGUCGGGGCCGAGGAGCUGGUGACAGUCAUGAUGAGCUUUAGAUGGUUUGAAUUUGAUUCUUUCAAGUGUGGAGAGGGGGCUUACUAAUGCUGAUGGCUUGCUCAUGCUGAUGUUGCUUGGUUGUUUGAGAUCCAUAGUCAAAGCUACUUCUUUAUACUACAGCUCAUUAGGAAUUGAUCUAGAUAUAAAGAAAAGAAGUGAC